UCAUCCCAUCAUCAUCUUCUACAAAGGUUUUUUUCCUGGUUUCAGUAUCAAGUGAAAGCUAGCUCAGCGGGCCAAAAAUGGCACUCUCAACGGCCAAAUUUACCGAACUGCCACCACACCUUCUAUCUACAUUCUCCUUCCCCCGCCGCAGACCGUCGUACUUACCUUCCUUCCUCUUUAAACCAUUCUCCUCUUCUAUCCGCCCCACCAAAUUUUCCAGAACGCCCCCCAGAAACCGAGAUAUACCCAAAACGCCCCCCGUUUGGAUUAAAAAAUGGCCGUCACCCCCUCCGGCCCUACAGCCGCCGCCAAAAUUCACUUCGAAGAAACGCGAGCCGAAGCCAGAACCUGUUCGAGAAGGCACCACCGCAAUCGACAGAAUUGUGCUUCGGCUGCGGAAUCUAGGGUUAGGCUCCGACGACGAAGACGAGGAAGAAGCAGCAGCAGCAGGAGAAUUGGGUAUACAUUCGGAGAACGAUAAUUUAGACUUGAACGAUUCGGCGAAUGCUGAAUUUGGGGACGAGAAAUUGGGGGAUUUGCUGCAGAGAGAUUGGGUUAGACCGGAUACCAUUUUAGAUGAAGACGAGGAGGAGGAGGAUUACGACUCUGAUGCGUUGUUGCCAUGGGAGAGGAGUGUGGAUGAGGAUGAUGAAAUGGAUGAUGAUGGCGCGGGACCCGCCAAGCGGUCAAUGCGGGCCCCAUCUCUGGCAGAACUGACGAUAGAGGAUGAAGAGCUGAGGAGGCUGCGGAGAAAUGGAAUGACUUUGAGGGAGAGGGUCAAUGUGCCUAAGGCGGGAGUUACGGGUGCUGUUUUGGAGAAGAUACACGAUACGUGGAGGAGGUCCGAGCUUGUGAGGUUGAAGUUUCAUGAAGAUUUGGCGCACGAUAUGAGGACUGCACAUGAGAUUGUUGAGCGCCGAACAGGGGGUCUAAUCACAUGGAGGUCUGGAAGUGUUAUGGUGGUCUAUAGAGGAGCUAACUACGAAGGCCCUGUUUCGAAACCUCAAAGGAUGAACAGUGAAGAUGAUGCUCCUUUCGUCCCCAAUGUUUCCUCCUCUGACAAUUCAGUCGCGCAGAAUACUGAUGCUGGAAGUCAGGUUCUAGAGAGGUCCAAUCCAGCAGCUAUAUCUCGCACUGUUAAAAAGACGACAGAAGAGGAAGCUGAAUAUAAUACUCUGUUAGAUGGUUUAGGUCCGCGAUUUGAAGAUUGGUGGGGUAUGGGAGUGCUUCCAGUCGAUGCUGAUUUACUUCCCGGGACAAUUCCCGGAUAUAAAACGCCUUUCAGGCUUCUUCCCACUGGAAUGCGUUCACGAUUAACCAAUGCUGAGAUGACUAAUUUACGGAAGCUUGCUAAGUCGCUUCCUUCUCAUUUUGCUCUUGGAAGAAAUAGAAAUCACCAAGGUUUAGCAACUUCCAUAAUUAAACUAUGGGAGAAGAGUUUACUCGUUAAAAUUGCUGUGAAGCGUGGAAUUCAGAACACAAACAACAAAAUUAUGGCUGAGGAACUGAAGACAUUAACAGGGGGAGUUUUACUUCUAAGAAACAAAUAUUACAUAGUUAUGUACCGAGGAAAGGAUUUUCUUCCUCCCACUGUGGCUACUGCUUUAGCGGAAAGACAGGAACUGACAAAGCAUAUACAAGACGUUGAAGAGAAAGUCAGGGGAGUACCGACAGCAGUGCCGGUGGCUGAAGAGAAGGAAGCUGCCGCCGGUACUUUGGCGGAGUUUUACGAGGCUCAGGCUCGGUGGGGAACAGACGUUUCUGCUCAAGACCGUCAAAAUAUGAUAGAAGAAGCAUCCAGAGCCAACCACGCUAGAGUGAUCAGGCGACUUGAACAUAAAGUAGCCAUUUCACAGACAAAGAAGCUCAAAGCAGAGAAACUGCUAUCUAAAAUAGUGGAUUCUUGGGUUCCUAUAAAUCCUUCGGAUGACAUGGAAACAAUUACAGACGAGGAAAAAGUUAUGUACCGUAAGGUUGGAUUACGAAUGAGAGCUUAUUUGCCAAUGGGCAUUCGUGGCGUUUUUGAUGGUGUUAUUGAGAACAUGCAUCUGCACUGGAAACAUAGAGAACUCGUCAAGUUAAUAUCAAAGGAAAAGGAACUUUCUUAUGUUGAGGAAACAGCAAGACUUUUGGAAUACGAGAGUGGUGGAAUAUUGGUGUCGGUCGAUAGAGUUCCGAAGGGUCAUGCCUUGAUUUACUAUCGAGGCAAGAACUAUAGUCGACCUCUCACUCUCAGACCUAGAAAUCUUCUGACAAAGGCAAAAGCACUCAAGCGUAGGGUGGCUUUGCAGCGAUAUGAAGCUCUCAGUCAGCACAUCUCUGAACUGGAGCAACACAUUGAGCAAACAAAACAACAAAUUGGCAGUACUGGAAAGCAGGAAAACAGCAAGCGUUCGAAUUCUAAGGAGAAUGGGCAGUUUAAUAAUGUAUCAAAAUUGGAUCAAAGUGAAGAAGUUUUGGAUAUGGAUUCUGAUGGUGAUGAAGAUAAUGACUGGGAGGAGGACGACACCGAUGAAGACUCUGACUUUUAUAGUGACGACGACGACACAUAAAUAUUUUUCCAUCUUAUAAAGUCGGCUAACUAAAAACUUGUUAUCAGUGUGCAAGAAGAAAAAAAAGCUAAUCUAUUCCGAGACGGAAGAAAUGGACCGAGCACAAGAAAGGAUUUCCCCAUACGGUAUAUGCCCUAAUUUAAAGCAAAAUUUUGGAGCAUCAAAUGCAACGUUGAAUAUGAUUUUGCAAUAGGGGAGGCAUUGUCCGGUGAUCAUUUGUGCGAGAGAUAGUGUACGAUUAUUUCGAACUAAAGAAGCCACAACAAAGCUUCUAAACACGUUUUUGUAUAUUUUGGGAGAUCUGUUUAUUGUAAGACAAAAUCCUCAGCAACUACUUGUAUGUAAUAGCCGAGUUUAUGUACUUCAAUUGUAGGCAACUACUACAUUUCAUUGGUUUAUUUUCACACGCUACUCCAAG